GCAGACAAACUGCAAACUGAAGGCAGAUCUGUGAACGGAAGCGGAAACUGGAGCAGCUCAUAGGCAGCUUCGCGCGUUUGUCUAAGUAGUUGGCGCCACCGACACAAUUCACCGAGUACUGUCAGUGGCUGAAGCUCAGAGUUGGCUGUCUAGCUAAUAUUCUAGUAAAAUUGUCUUUUUCUAGCUGAAUCACCUCCUCACAGACAUGACGAAGCUCUCUGAAGGUGCGAUAGAGGCUCUAUCAAAUGGCUCCGGUGGCAAUGACGCCGUGCUUCAGUUGGUGAACAUUCGCAAGAUUGAUGGAGGAAGCGGUCCAGCUCGCUUUCGGGUGAUGAUGAGUGAUGGACGGCACACUCUGUCCUCCUUCAUGCUCUCAACCCAGCUGAACUGCAUGGCUGAGGAGAAGAGACUGGCCCCAAACUGCAUCUGCAUUCUGAAAAGGCAUGUGACCAAUAUACUGAAAGAUGGCCGACGGGUGGUAAUUAUUUUGGAAAUUGAUGUCAUCAAGCCUGCUGAAGAUGUUACUGGAAAAAUAGGUGACCCUACUCCUUACACUGAGGGUCAGAUUAAAGGCCUCCAGUCAGCACCAAACCCUGAAAACCGCCCUCCGCUACAGCCACAAAACAGAAAUGAAGUGCACAGAGGUUUCAACAAAGACUUUGGCAAGAAGGCCCCAUCUGCUAUGCCCAGUACACCAGGGGGCAGCUCCAAAGUUGUGCCCAUUGCCAGCCUCAACCCCUACCAGUCCAAGUGGACCAUCCGCGUCCGUGUAACCAACAAGAGCAGCAUCCGUACAUGGAGCAACUCUCGUGGUGAUGGCAAACUCUUCUCCAUGGAGAUUGUGGAUGAGAGUGGAGAGAUACGAGUGACUGGUUUCAACCAAGAAGUGGACAAGUUCUACAGCCUUAUUGAAGUUGGCAAGGUCUACUAUGUUUCUAAGGGCUCCUUGAAGAUUGCCAACAAGCAGUUCACAUCAGUGAAGAAUGACUAUGAGAUGACACUCAAUGGAGAGUCCACCAUCAUCCCCUGUGAGGACAGCUGUGAUGUUCCCAUGGUGCAGUGUGACUUUGUCUCUAUCGGUGACCUAGAGAACAGAGACAAAGAUGCCAUUGUUGAUGUGAUUGGAGUGUGUAAGAGUGUGGAGGAAGUGACCCGCCUCACGACCAAGUCCAACAAAGAAGUGUCCAAGAGGACGCUCAAUCUGAUGGACAUGUCUGGGAAGGUGGUGACUGUCACGCUGUGGGGAGAGGAAGCAGAAAAGUUUGAGGGCUCUGGGCAGCCCAUUGUAGCCAUUAAGGGGGCGAAGCUUUCAGACUUUGGAGGGCGGUCCCUCUCUGCAUCCUUCAGCAGCACCCUGAUGAUCAACCCAGACAUCCCUGAGGCAUAUAAACUCAGAGGCUGGUAUGACAAUGAGGGUCACGCCAUGGAUGGACAGUCUCUGACAGAGAUGAAAGGUAGCGGGGGAGGAAACACUAACUGGAAGACUCUAUCUGACGUCAAGACGGAGCACCUGGGACAUGGAGACAAGGCAGACUACUACACCUGCAUAGCUACCAUAGUGUACCUGCGCAAGGAAAACUGCCUUUACCAGGCCUGCCCCAGCCAAGACUGCAACAAAAAAGUGGUAGACCAACAGAAUGGCAUGUUCCGCUGUGAAAAGUGUGACAAAGAGUUCCCCAACUUCAAGUACCGCCUCAUCCUUUCUGCCAACAUUUCAGAUUAUGGGGACAACCAGUGGGUGACUUGCUUCCAGGAGAGUGCAGAGGCCAUCUUGGGCCAGAACGCAGCUUACCUGGGGCAGCUCAAGGACUCGAACGAAGCUGCCUUCGAUGAAGUCUUCCAACAAGCCAACUUCAACACUUUCGUCUUCCGCAGUAGAGUGAAGCUAGAAACGUAUAACGAUGAAUCCAGGAUCAAGGCUACAGUGAUGGAUGUGAAGCCUGUUGACCACAAGGACUACAGUAAGAGGUUGAUCAUGAACAUAAGGAAACUGGCUGCUCAGUAGGAACUUAUGAUCUAUGCCAAGUAUUCUGGUUUUGCUUGCUUUUGCAAGUUUUCCUUUUGUUUCUGUACAGCCAACAAACAGCUCUAAAUGUAUGACGUUUUGCUUACAAAGCAAUGUUUUGUUUUUUUUUGUUUUGUUUUUUUACUUCCCUAUGAAUGAGUAAUCCUCAAAGUCCUUGAAGUACUUGUGACUGUUCACCUUUCCUUUGUGAAAUAAUUGUUGGCCUGAUUCUGGAAACUGUUUUCCAGACAUGGAUUUUCACUUUCUUUUUGUUAUUUGGGGAAGCAGAGCAGAGUGGGUCAGUAAGCCACAAAAGAAAUCAUCGCUGUCUUUAAGUCAGCCAGUUGUUCCUGCAUGUACUGUGGUCAUGAGGGGGUGGUGGCUGCUUUAAGCAGAAGACCAGCACAGUAGCUUGCACUCUUUUCACUUUUCUGACGCACUCAAAAUGGCUGGGCUGGACCUGCACAUCCCUGAUAAGACCGUUUAGUCGCCCACUCUUUUUUUUUGCUCAAUCUCUCACACACUAGCAAACAUAAGCACAUAUACACAUGCACAGUGCAGACCUGAUGGGAAAUGUACUGCAUUCUAUUUAAGUAGAUGCAAGGUGUCAACAUUUUCAGUGCCUGUAACUGUUUUCUGUUCAGUUUUUUUUUUUUUUUGUGAUGAACUCUGAGAAUAAAGAUGUUUGUAAUCAA